AUGCUCUUCGACCCUUCCUCGACAGCGCUGCCAAAGCGUUCUGAACUGCCCAAAAUCCCCGGGGCCCCCGAUGGAGCAGCCUGGUUUUGGGGCAAGGAUGACGAGCUUGGACGUCUCAAUCUACUUACCCCCGAGCGUGUCUCCGGCGCUGCAGGAUUGAUAAAAAGUGGUGAGAUUGUCAAUCUCAAUUGGCGCGCCGACCUCCCCAACCCUCCUGCGUUCGGAAGACAGAAGUUCAAGCACACUAUCUCACCUCUGGGUGAAGCUGGGUUCGAUGAUCUGUACGACAUGAACACUCAGAGUGGGUCGCAAUGGGACGGAUUUCGACAUGUCGGACUCCAUCACAAUGGUGGUGUGGUCUUCUAUAACGGGCUUACAGUGGACGAAAUCUACAACACUCACCGGUGUGGAAUGCAGGCGUGGGCCAAGCAUGGCAUAGCCGGCCGCGGAGUGCUCAUCGACUAUUGGGGCUAUGUGGGAGGAAACUACGACCCCAUUAGUUCCCACCGAAUCCCCCUGAGCGAGCUCCAGGCGUGCGCAAAGAAACAGGGCGUCGAAUUUCAACACGGCGACAUCCUCCUGGUCCGCUCUGGCUUCGUCAGCGCGUAUAACGGCCUGGACGACCAGGGGCGGGCGCAUCUAGGCACGCUAACGAUCCCGGAGCACACGUUCGCCGGUGUCGAGGCGACCGAGGGCAUGCUCGACUUUUUGCACGACAACUACUUCAGCGCCGUCGUGGGGGAUGCGCCGGCCUUUGAGGCGUGGCCCGUCAAGGAGCUGUCCCUCCACCAGUAUCUCCUUCCGCGCUGGGGCGUGCCGAUCGGCGAGAUGUGGGAUCUGGAGCAGCUCGCGGAGACCUGCAAGCGCAAGCAGCAGUAUACCUUUUUCAUCUCGAGCGCCCCGGCCAACGUCCCCGGAGGUGUUGGGAGUCAUCCUAAUGCCAUUGCUAUAUUUUAA